GUCAUCGUGGUUCAAGUGUCAUUUAUGAGUGUGUACUUGAUGGAUUGUUGGGAUAAUACAAAUAGUAUCAUUUAUGUCGGAUGUUCUGAACAAUUUAGAGGACUAAUAACAGGCACUUACUAUAACUCACAGCAUGGGUAUCCAUUAAUUUGUUCUGCAAACAUUGUUCGAUGUUCAUAAAGUGACAACUGGCGUAUCCGUCUUGAAGUGUACCAGCCCAUACAAAGGAAUAAAUUACAACUCGUCGCCAUUUCAUAACGGACUGUGCUGUGAUACAUUUCAAACUUUUGAAACGAUAAAGAAGACAAUGUUUCUAUAGUCUAGAAUAAAGUGAAUAAUGGUCGAUUCAAGUUGGAAAUGUUAAUAUGCUUCAAAUCGUGUUGAGAACGAUGAUACAUGACUGAUUUUUGGUGACUAUACUAUAUACAAGGAACAACAAAAACAGUAUAAGGGCGCCAUUCCAUACGCGCCAGAACUACAAUUACAAUUACAAGGGUAUGGCAGAAAUAUGUCACCAUAUCAGCCGUAAACUAGUUUCUAUAAAUUUCCUUAUACAGUGUAUCGAUUGUGAUUUGUCGGAUGCAUAAUGUCUGAUAUACAGAUUUAGUGUAUGCAUAUAUUGCUCUUUCAAGUCUUAGACGAUUUUUUUGUUCAUUAAUAUGAAACAGAUGCUUUGUUCGAUGUUUAUAAAGUAUACACAACUGGCGUAUCCGUCUCGAAGCGUAUUAGCUCAUACAAAGGAAUAAAUUUCAACUCGUCGCCAUUUCAUAACGGACUGUGGCAGUGCUGUGAUACAUUUCCAACUUUUGAAACGAAAAGAAAAGAAAACUAUUUCUAUAGUCUAGCCAAGUGAAUGAUGGUUGAUUCAAGUUGGAAACGUUAAUGUGCUUCAAGCAAAUCGUGUUGAGAACGGUGAUACAUGAUUAUGAGACUGUGUUGUAAAGGCUGAACUUUGGUGACUAUAUUAUAUAUAAGGUUUUGUGCAUUAAUUGCGAAAACCGUGUUGAACGUCAAGUAUUUAAGUUCAAAUUAGAUAUACAUGUAUAUCAGCUGCUUGCACACAUAAUGGCGAUCGCACGGAGAAGUUUGCUUCUUCAGUGGUGUAUCGUAGGGAUUUCCGUGCCUAUCUUAUUUGUAACUUACAAGGUAACAAUGUUCCCGAUGGUCGUUACUGAAGCUGAACCGGAAAUACAGUGCCUUCCUGCGGACUUCCGGGACACGCAGUUCAUUGUCGGUAUUCAUCGGAACGCAUCGGUUCUUAUUCCGGAGGAUUUAUUAUUGAAAACCCUCAGUAGAGAAGACCUUUCAGCCCUUUACCACAGAUAUUUGGAGAACGUGCAGUACAUGUGUCGCCGGAAGGUCCGCCUGGGUAACUAUGAAGAUGGAGGCUGGGACAUCUGUGACGACGCACACUUCCGGCCACCUAAGCCCUGCAUCAUCUACUCGUUCGGAAUAAACAACGACUUCAGCUUUGACGAUGCGGCAGUAAAACACUUUGGCUGCAGUGUGCAUUCAUUCGACCCAAGCAUGCACAUGGACGAUCACCAGCGGUCGGACAAGAACUACUUCCACUCCCUCGGCAUCUCGGACAAGGAUGAGGCGAUCAAGGCCAACACAGACGAGUGGCAACUCUUUACAUACAACACCAUACGGCAAAAACUCCAACAUGCCAAUAAAACAAUAUCUAUAUUGAAAAUGGACGUGGAAUUAUACGAAUGGAGAGUUCUUGUCGACAUCGUAAAGACAGCCAACAUGACGGGAACCAAUAACCUGGCAAUAGAGUUCCAUUUAGCGCUGGAUGGCACAGAAGUAGAAUGGGAGCAGUACUACAGGGCCUUGACCGUCCUGAGAAACCUCUACCAUCUAGGAUACCGCAUAUUCUGGACCCAUCAGAAUCCUAACUGUGCAUUUGUGUCGGCAUGUAAAAUGGAACAGCGGUCAAACUGCCACGAGAUCAGCUUUGUUAAAGUGACUGAUCCAUUUUGACCAUCCCUGUGUACUGCAGAUUGAAUAAGUUAUUCAUGGUAUGAUUUAUUAGGCAUAAUGUUAUAUUAAGCUUGGAACCAAGACUAUCAGUGAUCGUCUUGAAGAAGACACACACAGAGGGGACAUGUUCUGACGUUGGUGUUGUUUCGAUUCCGCUGUACUUUGAAUGUUACAAAUCCGCUUUAUAUAUUAAAUAGGAUUUUUGGCCUAUAAAUUUUAUUGAUGCGCUUGUUUGUUUUGUUUUAUAGUUAAAUACACUUGAACAUUUA